AUGCGUCAUUUCCAGAGCUUUUGUACAAGUAUGAAGCAGGAAAAGAAGGAGGGGCAGGAACCAGGGGUUCAUUCCAAAAGCUCAUUGGACAAAUCGGACUCUGUAGUUUAUUCAUUAUGUUAUUGUUUGUUAAAAGGACCGAAAACAUCGAAUUUAGCGUGGACUAUUUGUGGAGAGGAACACAAUAAAGGAGUUACAUUUGUCAUCCUCUAUUUUGAACGACGUAGUGUUAUCCCAGCCUUUCAUAAAAAAUUAUUAAGUUUCCAAAUGUCUACUAGUCUCCCUGAUAAAUACCGAGCCACGAAUAUUGAUGAUAUCGUUGAGAUUCGACCGAAUGUCGACGAGGGAUCAUCUUACCCUUAUGAAUCCGUGAGCCAGAUAUUCAGAGACGUCUCGAAGGAGCGUGGAGACAGAAUUGCACUCGUAAGUUGCCGUGGAAUUAAGUAUACCUGGAUGCAGUAUUAUGAGAAUUCUCAUCGUUUUGCUCGAGCUCUGAUUUCGAUCGGACUCAAGCCUUUUGAUACAGUUUCUGUGAUCGGGUUCAAUGCCCCCGAAUACAUGUUUGCUGUCCAUGGUUGCAUUGAGGCAGGCGGCGUGGCGACUGGAAUCUAUGCGACGAACGGUCCCGAUGCUUGCUUCUAUGUGAUGAACCACUGCAACUCUGCGGUGGUGGUUGUAGACGGCCAGAGCCAGUUGAAAAAGAUGCUGGAAAUCCGUGCCCGACUCCCCAAUCUUCGUAUGAUUGUCGUUUAUAAUGCUGAUGACUCUGUCCAGCUUCCUCAGGAUGAGGAGGGAGUUGCGAAGGUUCGCAACUGGGUGGACUUUUUGGAAAUGGGCUCUGAAGAGGCUGACAAGGAGAUUGAUCGUCGUGUGGCGAAUCAGAAGCCCGGCCAAUGCGUUUCUCUUAUCUACACGUCUGGAACGACUGGAAACCCCAAGGCGGUGAUGAUAAGCGACGACAAUAUUGUGUUUGUGAUCCGCGUGAUCCAGAAGGAUUUUAAUAUCGGGACGCAGGACCGUCUCGUGAGUUUCCUUCCUCUGAGCCACAUCGCUGCCCAGAUGAUCGAUAUCUUCGCUGGAAUGGUGCUCGGAUUUACGCUCUAUUUCGCGCGUCCGGACGCUCUGAAGGGCAGUUUGGUGAACACGCUGCGCGAAGUCCAGCCGACCAUUUUCGUGUCGGUGCCUCGCGUGUUUGAGAAGAUGGUGGAGGCCAUCACGGCCAAAUUGGCGGAAGCAUCCUGCUUCAAGCGAAUGCUGUCGAAUUUCGCUCGCAAGCGUGGAACACGCUACUGCAAUAACCUCCAGGUGGGCACGAAGAAGCAGCGAAUCACCUUCUUCAACCUGGCCAAGAAGAUUCUGACCAAGGUGCAGACCUCUUUGGGUCUGAGCGAAGCUCGCCUCAUGUUCAGUGCCGCGGCCCCGAUCGAUCUGUCGACGGUGCAGUUCCUCGCCUCGUUCGGCCUGCCGCUGUUUGAGAUCUUCGGCAUGUCGGAGAGUUCGGGUCCCACGACGUUCCACACGCUGGGGCAGUGGAAGAUGGCGACUGCUGGCAAGGCCAUGCGGGGUUCGAUCGUGAAAACGGUGCCUGGAAGCAACGAGAUCAUCGUGAGCGGCCGCCACGUGUUCAUGGGCUAUCUGAAGAUGCCCGAGGAAACGCUGCGCGUGAUCGAUGACGAUGGCUUCCUCCACUCCGGCGAUUGCGGAUCCGUGGACGCGGACGGCUUCUGGAAGGUCACUGGACGCAUCAAGGAGCUGAUCGUGACUGCGGGAGGCGAGAACAUCCCUCCCAUCCUCAUCGAAUCGGAGCUGAAGCGCCUGGCUCCCGCUCUGUCGAACGUGGUUCUGAUCGGAGACAAGCGGAAGUAUCUCACGGUGCUGCUGACGCUGAACUGCCGUGUGAAUGGAGACACGGAAGGCGCGGAAGGCGAGCUGCUGGGCGAGGCGGCGAAUCUGAUGAAGACGCUGGGGUCGAACGCUCGCACGGCGCAGGAAGCUUCGGAAGACCAGCUGGUGCAGAAGUACUUCUACGAUGUGAUUCAGCAGUACAACAUGUCGGCGUUCAGCAACGCGCAAAAGAUUCAGAAGUUCUCGAUCUUGAAACGCGACUUCUCGAUGAACACGGGCGAAUUGACGCCCACCCUGAAGAUGAAGCGAGGCUACAUCAGCUCGGUGUUCUCUGAGGAGAUCGAGAAGAUGUAUAGUUAAUCAUCUAUAUUUAUCGAGGGAUCUUUUAUAUGGCCUUGCAAAUUGAUUGUACUGCUUGGUCUAUAUAUAUAUAUAUAUAUAUAAUUAUAUAAUUAUUCAAUAUUAUGAUACAUUGUAGUAAUAGUUCGUUUUUAUUGAUUUGUCAUGA